UUUGACCAGUUGUAGGUCUGCAUUGCUGAUGUCCACUGCAAUAGAAGCUUCCCUGAUGAAGGCAAGUGCUGCCUGCACUAAUGUGUCGGUAUAAAGGUUAUCACCUAGCAUAUGUGAGGCUCUAGCACUUGAAGAGGAAAACAAAGGAAGCACAAAGCAUACAGACUUGAAAAAGUGACAUGGAAAGUGGUGCAGACUCAGAUGCUCUCAGUAUCUCUGCCUCCUGGGUCCAAAUGGAGUCCUCUACAGCCUUUGAGAAUAUCACCUUUUAUUAUGAUGAUACACCAAGUCGUCUAUGUGAAAACAAGACCAUCUUUGCUACCUUCUCCACCAUUGUCCUGUACUCUCUGGUAUUUCUCCUCAGCCUGGUGGGUAACAGCCUGGUUUUCUGGGUCUUGGUGAAGUAUGAGAAUCUAGAGUCACUCACCAAUAUCUUCAUCCUCAACCUGUGUCUCUCAGACCUUAUGUUCUCCUGCCUGCUGCCUGUGUGGGCCUCAGCACAACAUUGGGGUUGGUUGCUAGGUGAUUUCCUCUGCAAGGUCCUCAAUCUGAUAUUCUCCAUCAGCCUCUACAGCAGCAUCUUCUUUCUCACCAUUAUGACCAUCCACCGCUACCUGUCUGUAGUGAGCCCCGUCUCUACUCUGGGUAUCCAUACCCUCCGCUGCCGUGUGCUGGUGACCAUAUUCGUGUGGGCAGCCAGCAUCCUGUCUUCCAUCCCUGAUGCUAUCUUCCACAAGGUGAUUUCCCCAAAAUGUGAUUAUUUUGAACUCCGUGGGUUCUUGGCCUCAGUCUAUCAGCACAACAUCUUCUUCCUCCUCUCCAUGGGGAUCAUCCUGUUCUGUUAUAUACAGAUUCUCAGGACCUUGUUUCGCUCAAGGUCCAGACAGAGGCACCGGACAGUCAGGCUCAUCUUCACCAUUGUGGUGGCAUACUUCCUCAGCUGGGCUCCCUACAACCUCAUCCUCUUCCUAAGGACACUGCAGGAAACUGGAAUCAUCCAGCAGACCUGUGAGAUCAGGCAGCAGCUGGACAUGGCUAUGAUCAUCUGCCGCAAGCUGGCCUUCUCCCACUGCUGCUUCAACCCAGUGCUUUAUGUCUUUGUUGGGGUCAAGUUCCGCAGACACCUAAAACGUCUCCUCCAGCAGGUCUGGCUGUGCCGGCAGAAGACAUUUAGCCCUGUCUCAUCCUCCUACUCCCCUGGUGCCUUCAUGUAUGAGGGCCCCUCCUUCUACUGAGAGGAGAGGGCAGCCACACAGAGGUGACUAAGGGAGUUGGAGGAAGGCAAGAAGUGGAUCAGGAAGGAACACUGCAUAUGACACAACAGUGGAGAUGCCAGCAACUACUGCAGGGGUGUGGAGGAAAGAAAUGACAGCUGUGGAAAAGUGGCUUCCAGAUGGGCAAUCCAAAGCAAUACUUCCUGGACUCAGCUCAUCAUUCAUUCUCUCACUUAGACAUAGAUUGUUUAUCAGUGGUUGGUCAGAAGAUCCUAAAUGGAAGAAUUUCCAGGCUUUGGGAGAGCUCAAAGCUCUCAGUAUGUGCUAAUUGUGCAAUGAGGUUUCUGGCGCAUAAGGUUGUCCCAACUGAUCUUUUUCACUUUGGUGGUGGCUGGUUCUGUGCUUCUUUGCAGCUAUUGGAGAAAAUGUCUCCAGGACAAGAAUAAUUACAUCCUCAAAUAAGUGUAGCCACAAUGAAGUCUAGACCAUAAAAAUCCCACUAAACUGAAGAUAGUUCUGUAUUGUGACAACAGCUGCUAACACACAAACUAGCUUUUAAAUAUUCACCCUAUAAUUGAAUGCAAUAUGUGCUACCAUCUGCACUAAGUAAUUAUUUAGACAAUACAAAGAUGAAUAAGAAAAUGUUGCUAAUUUCUAGAUGACACCAAUACAUCCAUGAAGGUUCAGAUAAGCAAAGUCUAUUUAACAAAGGCAUGUUGAAGAUUCCUCUGUCAUUUUCUCUCUUCUAGAUUGAGAGAAAGCUGAUUUCCUACUAUCUGGAUGAUAGUGCCAGCAUUCCCCUUUCAACCAUUCUCCAAACUGAAUCCUCCUCAAGCACUGCCUUCCCUUUCCCUAAGCUCGCAGAGCCAGGUCCUGUGGAUUCUGCCUUUCCAGCAUCUCUCUAGCUCAUGAUAACAUACCCAUGACUUUAUCUCUACAAUGGCCUGUACUCCACAGUGUCUUCCUGUUGCUUCUUUUUAUUCUCUGUUCCAUCUUCCUCCUCCGGAAAGCUACCUGUCUGUGAUUUUUCUUUGAUUUACAGCUUGUUUGCCUGGUGUUUUUCUUUAGAGCUUUAAUAAAAUUGUCAUCAAGUCUC